CAUCGGUGCUAGGGUGAGGCGCUCUAGACGUGGGCACGCGCGCUGGAGAGCGCGGACGGACGUCUGAGGAGCUCUUGGAGCUGCGCCGGCUGUACCUCAAAGCACAUGUAUUCCGAGUGCGGCCAGACCCCGCGAGCCGGAUCCUGGCGCUCAGCCGCACGCAACGCAGGACAGCAAACACCUGAGGACUCCCAGCCAGCCCGCCAGACACAGCGCCGCGCUGCGGGGCGGAAGCCGAGAGGCGGCGGCGGCGGAAGCGCCGCCACUGCGGGGCAAGAUGGCGGCGCCCAGGCGGACCCUGAGCAAGUAGGUAGAGGGGCUGGUGGGGCUGGGCUCGGGUGAGCGCGGCGCAGGACCCAGCGGUUCCCUCGUCAGAGCCUGCCCGGAGCGGCUGCGACCUCUUCGGGGUGAGUGAGAGGGAGGCCCCCUUGGAAGCCGUGCAAGGGAGGCAGCGGGAGCGGCAAGAUGCUGUCGAGACCCAAGCCUGGGGAGUCCGAGGUGGACCUGCUGCGCUUCCAGAGCCAGUUUCUCGCCGCUGGCACAGCCCCAGCGGUACAACUGGUGAAGAAAGGAAGUCGGCGAGGUGGCGAUGCCAACCGGGACCAGCCGCAACUGCAGGACGCUCGGGAUGUGGUGACGCUGGACACUCUCCCGGAUUUGCCUCCAGCUUUGGUCCCUGCUCCCCCAAAGAGAGCCAGGCCCAGCCCCGGCCACUCCCUGCCUGUGGAAGAGGACCCCGAGGAGAGGCUGAGCAGGCACGAUCGGCACAUCACUGCAGUCCUGACUAAGAUCAUUGAACGAGAUACAAGUUCAGUGGCUGUGAAGCUGCCUGUGCCCAGUGGUGUUGCCUUCCCCCCAGUAUUCCAUCGCUCACAGGAGAGACAGGAGAGGCCAGCGCUGGGCGGCAAGAGAAGCAUCUUUGCCCAGGAGAUUGCAGCGAGGCGGGCGUCUGCACCCGGGGUCCCCCCGGUCGAGGAGGUCACGUCCCACCUGGACCCACCUCAGGGGGCUGCGACCGGUGAGGCACCCGCUCCCGGGGACCAGGGCUGCCGGCUUCCAGGAAGCAGCCACAGCUUCCAGGGACCCCGCCUGGUCACUGGGAAGGGACUCAGGGACCAGGAGGCUGAGCAGGAAGCCUGGACCAUCCAUGAAGAGAACAUAGCGCGACUGCAAGCCAUGGCUCCUGAGGAGAUCGUGCAGGAGCGGCAGCGGCUGCUGGCGCAGCUCGACCCCAGCCUCGUUGCUUUCUUGAGAUCUCGCAGCUGCACCCGUGAGCAGGCAGCAGAGAAGGCCACCGAGGAGCAAAGGCUAGGAGGAGCCUCUGUGGAUGUCACCAAAGAGGAGGCCCGCGUGUCGCCUUCUGCCAGUGAGCACAGGAAGGAAGACGAGCUGGAGCCAGGAGCCCCAGCUCUGGCCCUGCCCGUGACUCCCCACAAAGAGUGGCUGCACAUGGACGCCGUGGAGCUGGAGAAGCUCCACUGGACCCAGGACCUGCCCCCACUCCGCCGGCAGCAGACGCAGGAGAGGAUGCAGGCCCGGUUCAGUCUUCAGGGAGAGCUGCUGGCCCCUGAUGUGGAUCUGCCCACCCAUCUGGGCCUGCACCACCAUGGAGAGGAGGCGGAGCGAGCAGGGUACUCUCUACAGGAGCUGUUCCACCUGAGCCGUAGCCAGGUGUCCCAGCAGAGAACACUAGCACUGCAAGUGUUGUCCCAGGUCAUCGGCAGGGCCCAGGCCGGUGAGUUUGGGGACCAGCUCGUGGGCAGUGUCUUACGCCUCCUCUUGGAUGCUGGUUUCCUCUUCCUGCUGCGCUUCUCCCUGGACGACAGAGUGGAUGGGGUCAUUGCGGCUGCUGUCCGGGCUCUCCGGGUUCUGCUGGUUGCUCCUGGAGAUGAGGAGCUCCUGGACAAAACUUUCUCUUGGUACCACGGAGCACUGGUAUUCCCUCUGAUGCCCAGCCAGGAGGACAAGGAGGACGAGGACGAGGACCAAGAACCGCCAGGAGAAAAAGCAAAAGGGAAGAGCCCCGAAGAAGAAAGACGGCCCCCACCCGACUUGGCCCGACAUGACGUCAUCAAGGGGCUCCUGGCUACCAACCUGCUGCCUCGGCUGCGCUAUGUGCUGGAGGUGACCUGCCCAGGACCUGCGGUGGUCCUCGACAUCCUGGCCGUGCUCAUCCGCCUGGCCCGGCAUUCCCUGGAGUCAGCCACGAGGGUCCUAGAGUGCCCUCGGCUGAUAGAGACCAUAGUUCGAGAGUUCCUGCCCACCAGCUGGUCCCCCAUGGGAGUGGGUCCCACGACUAGCCUGCACAGGGUGCCCUGUGCCAUGGCCAUGAAACUGCUUCGAGUCCUGGCCUCGGCUGGAAGGAACAUUGCUGCCCGGCUGUUGAACAACUUUGAUCUCCGGAGCCGCCUGUGCCGCUUCGUAGCUGAGGCGCCCCAGGAGCUGGCCUUGCCCCCAGAGGAAGCCGAGACACUGAGCACCGAGGCCUUGCGUCUGUGGGCUGUGGCCGCCUCCUACGGCCAGGGCGGUGACCUGUACAGGGAGCUCUACCCAGUGCUGAUGCGGGCCCUGCAGGCUGUGCCCACGGAGCUGGGCGCCCACCCCCCGUCGCCCCUUGCCGUGCAGCGGAUAGCCUCCCUGCUCACUCUGCUCACCCAGCUGACCCUGGCAGCCGCCGGCACCCGCCCUGAGCCCCUCAGUGAGUCUGCUGAGGCCGGCCUGUCAGCGCGCUCCUCCUGCAUCUCAUGGACGCAGGUGUCUGGGCUCCAGCCUCUUGUCGAGCCCUGUCUGAGGCAGUCCUUGAAGCUGCUGCCCAGACCUGAGAUGUGGAAUGCCCUGGGCCCGGUGCCAGCCGCCUGCCUGCUAUACUUGGGCACCUACUACCAGGCCUGGAGCCAGCAACCAGGCUUGUGCCCAGGGGACUGGCUUGAGGACAUGGAACGCCUGUCACGUGAGCUGUUGCUGCCAUUGCUGAGCCAACCCAGCCUGGGCUGCCUUUGGGAUUCGCUGGGGCCCUGCUCCCCUCUCUGCAACCCGCUGUCCUGUGCUCCGGCCCCUGAAGCUCUCCCCAGCCUUGUGUCACUGGGCUGCACGGGAGGCAGCCCCCGGCUCAGCCUGGCCGGCUCAGCCUCGCCUUUCCCGUUCCUCACUGCCCUCCUCUCCCUUCUCGAUACGCUGGCCCGGAUCCACAAGGGGCUGUGUGGCCAGCUGGGUGCUGUCCUGGCUGCCCCAGGCCUCCAGAACUACUUCCUCCAGUGCAUAGCCCCUCGGGCUGCCCCACCCCUCACGCCCUUCUCUGCAUGGGCCCUGCGCCAUGAGUGCCAUCUGCAAUACCUGGCCCUUGCCCUGGCUCAGAAAGUGGCAAUGUGCCAGCCCAUGCCAGCCACCAGUGCCGCCCUGCAUCAUGGCAUGGCCUUGGCCCUGCUGAGCCGGCUGCUGCCUGGAAGUGAGCACCUCGCCCAGGAGCUGCUGCUGCUCUGCGCGUUCCGGCUGGAGUUCCUCCCCGAAAACGCAGCAGGAGGUCCAGAGGCAGCUGACUUCUCUGACCAGCUAUCCUUAGCAAGCAGCGGGGAUCCUCAGAGCCGGCGAGGGGCUCUGCUGGCCCAGGCCUGUCAAGACCUCCCCAGCAUCCGCAGCUGCUACCUGACCCACUGCUCGCCGGCCCGAGCCAGCCUGCUGGCCUCUCAGGCCUUGUACCGCGGAGAGCUCCAGCGGCUCCCAAGCCUGCUGCUGCCUGUGCCUAAGGAGCCACUUCUGCCCACCGACUGGCCCUUCCUGCCACUGAUCCAUCUCUACCACCAAGCUGCUGACUCCCCCUCCCAGCUCCUUCCCACUGACACUGUGGCCACAGCCGUGCGUGUCCUGCAGUGGGUGCUGGUUCUGGAGAGCUGGCGCCCCCAGGCCCUCUGUGCCGUGCCUCCCGCCGCCCGCCUGGCGAGGCUGAUGUGUGUAUUCCUGGUGGACAGCGAGCUGUUCCGGGAGACCCCGGUGCAGCAUCUGGUAGCAGCCCUCCUGGCCCGGCUCUGUCACCCACAAGUCUUGCCAAGCCUCAACCUGGACUGCCCACUUCCUGGUCUGACGUCUUUUCCUGACCUCUACGCCAGUUUCCUGGAACAUUUUGAGGCUGUCUCCUUUGGGGACCACCUCUUCGGGGCUCUGGUCCUCCUUCCCUUGCAGCGUCGGUUCAGUGUUACCUUGCGCCUCGCCCUCUUUGGGGAACAUGUGGGAGCCCUGCGAGCUCUGAGCCUGCCUCUGACCCAGCUGCCUGUGUCCCUGGAGUGCUACACGGGACCUCCUGAAGACAACCUGGCCCUCCUCCAGCUCUACUUCCGGGCCCUGGUCACAGGUGCGCUCCGCCCACACUGGUGCCCAGUGCUCUAUGCCGUGGCUGUGGCUCACGUUAACAGCUUCAUCUUCUCCCAGGACCCAAAGAGCUCAGACGAGGUAAAGGCUGCCCGCCGGAGCAUGCUGCAGAAAACGUGGCUGCUGGCAGAAGAGGGUCUCCGACAGCACCUCCUCCACUAUAAGCUUCCCGACUCCGCCCUCCCAGAAGGCUUCCAGCUGUAUUCCCAGCUGCCCCCGUUGCGGCAGCAGUACCUGCAGAGACUGACCUCAGGGGGGCUCCACAGUGGGGUGCGCGAGACCUAGUGUAGUGGCUGUGGGUGGAGAGAUGGACACCACGUUCCCCUGGGUUCACCAGCAGACACCUGGCCAGGCGGCAAAGGAGCAAGCCUUCCUGGAAACACGGUGCUGGAACCAGUGGGAGCCAGGCCACUCCUGACACCUGCUGGAGCUGCAGCUUCUGAGGGGGGGUGUGGGGAGUGAAGGGUGCCUCAGGCGUUUCCUCCCUCUGGAGUCGGGACAGGGUGCGUGCGCCUCUCCGCACCUGCCCCAGUCUCCCCCCGGGGCCAGAGCAUAUGGACACUGUUCCUGUGCGUUGAAAUAAAGGUUUUGAAAACCUCCUUAGAA